AAUAAUAAAAAAAAAUGAGUUCAGGCAUCUCUCGCAGUCGUUUGAUGGAAGAGCGUAAACAAUGGAGAAAAGACCAUCCUCAUGGCUUUUGGGCAAGACCAGGAAAGAAUGCAGACAAUUCUCUUGAUUUAAUGAACUGGACGUGCGGUAUCCCUGGAAAAGACGAUACACCAUGGGAGAAGGCUACCUACAAGCUCACAAUGAUCUUUCCUGAAGACUAUCCCAGUAAACCACCCAAGUGUAAGUUUACACCUCCUCUAUUUCACCCCAAUGUCUAUCCUUCCGGCACUGUUUGUUUGUCUAUUUUGAAUGAAGAUGAAGGUUGGAAGCCAGCUAUUACUGUAAAGCAGAUUCUCCUUGGUGUCCAAGACUUGUUGAAUGAUCCUAACCCUGAAAGUCCUGCUCAACAAGAAGCUUACAUGUUGUUUAGAAAGGAUAAGAAGGAAUACGAACGACGAGUACGUGAGCAAGCUUUGGCAAACAGAACAUAAUAAAAGGUUUUUUUUUUUCAAAUUAUCGCACAGGCCAUGUGUAGUCAUUCUUUUUUCUUUAAAAAUGGCAUAUUUUAUAUUUAUAAAAGCUAUACACUACA